CGGCUCGGAUCGUUAUCUUCAAAUCAUGGACUGGAGAAGGGUGUCCGCCGAGAAACCUCUCUUCUGCUCCCCGCAGACUCAGCAUCAGGGCUGGAUCCAAGUGUCAGACAUGGCGGGUCCUCCUGGUCACUGGAUCUCGUGUGGUCACCCGUGUGCUGACCGGGCCGUGUGGAACCCCAGGUACUGCGUGCUCACCGACAGCCAGAUGCUGCUACUGGACAAGGAGGAGGUCCAUCCCUUGCUUCUUCAGGACAGACGAAUGGACUCUAAGGUCCGCCUACUGCGUCGCACCAUCAGUGUUCCUGUGGAAACACAGUUCCCAGAGUUCCACAGUCAGCUGUCCACAGGGAGUGGGGAAAAGCAAGUCUCUGGCACACAGAUUAUGUAA